CGGAAAGCAGUUCCUGUUUGGCGGUACCUUGUAGUCGCAAUGAUGAGUUGUUUUAUAUAGUUAGAGCAGACAUUUAUGUUACAACAAAACUUAUUCACAAAUUCACUGUUGACCUCUUGAACUUGUUUCACUUGCACCCACGGGGCUAGUUAGCUAAAAAGCAAGACGGUUCGUUUGGGAAGUACGUGCCUCUCUGCCAGGAUGUUCCUCAGUGUUCUGGUGUGCUGCUUGUCACUGGCUGCCGUGGGGCAGCAGGUGAACGACGACUGGGUCGACCCUUAUGAUAUGCUCAACUACGAUUCAAGCACCAAAACGAUGAGGAAGCCCACUGAGCCAGCUACCUAUGACAAUGUGGCAACCAAAAGAAGAGAAUACACUCAGGACUCCAGCCAGGCCAAGUUAGAGACGUGUAGCAGUCAAGUAGUGGAUCUACAGAAACAGAUUGAGGAACAAAAGAAGAAGAUCACACACAUGUCACAGCAGCCUACAUGCAAUCCAGUGUUCAAGAGAUUCCUUAGCAGGCUGUUGAAGGAAAUAAAAAGACUUGGUUUGCCCAGUGACUCCUCAGACCUCUUCUAUGAUGCCAAAAUCAGAUUGUCCAAACAAUCCAUGACAGAGAUUCAGACACUUCUGGAGGGUGAAGACAACUGGAGAACCGGGGCUCUGGACAAUGCCAUCAGUCAUAUACUGGUGGAUCUUAAACCACAUGACUAUGAGGCCUGGAAGUGGCGUUUUGAAGACACUUUCGGCGUGGAGAUUGACACGCUGUUAAAAGUGGGGCUGGGUGUUCUGGUCAUAAUAGCCAUCAUCAGCACCCAGCUGUGGUCGACUGUUUCCUGGUUCGUGCAGUUCAGCAGACUGUUUGCUGUCUGUUUCUUCGUCAGUAUUGUCUGGAACUGGUUUUACCUUUACAAGUUUAAAUUUGCUGAGCACCAAAGCGACAUAGCAAAGAUGGACAGUGUAUAUGAAAAAUGCACUGGAGUGAAGAAAAUUGACUGGAGUGAUAGUCUGAAAGAGUGGUUCAGAAGCACAUUGACUCUUCAGGAUGACCCUUGUAAGAAAUACUAUGAAGUCCUCAUGGUCAACCCCAUUCUGCUGGUACCCCCAACCAAGGCGUUCUCAGUUACCAUCACAACCUUCAUCACAGAGCCACUGAAGCACUUUGGCCAGGGGAUCAGUGAAUUUCUUCGAGCCCUCCUCAAAGAUCUACCAGUUACCCUGCAGAUCCCAGUUCUCCUCACAGUCGUUCUCUCCAUUGUGGUAGUCUUGUAUGCAAGUGUGCAGGCAGUCUUCCAGCAUGGCAUCACUGCACCUCUGCGACGUCCUCGAAGGGAUCCAGGGCCUCCGGAGCUGGAGCCGCAUCAGCCUCAGCUCCAGAGGAUCGAGGGUCGCGACCGCUUUGAAGAAGGGGACGCACCACAGCAAGCCCCAAGGCACCAAGCCAAUGAAGGCAGGUUAGGUAGGAAUCAAGUUCGUCAGAGGGCGUCCAAAAGACCCGGGGAAAAGCGAGUAGAGACACUCCUACCUGUCUAUAGUGAGGAUGAGACAGAUGCUACACGGCGGGAAGGAGGAUCCGAGGCCGAGCAGGAUCCCUCCGCUGACUCAGAUUCAGAAAACCAGCCGAAGACACAAGAGGAACCGGCAGGAGCGAGCGCUAGCAGUGUUGCUACGAAAACAUCCCAAGCAAAAACUAAACCCAAUGAGUCAGAUUCAUCUCAAUCAAAGGCUAAACAUCUGAAAGUGAAAAAGGAUCGUUCUCAGGAUGAACCCAGCAGAGACAAUGCAGCACUCAGACCUCAGCCUGCAGGAGGGCAGCCUUCACAGACCGAUGUUCCAGGCCAGGAAGCCUCAGCUGAAGACAGGACCUCCUCUCUCUCACUGACACACAUCGAAACUGUCGGAGUCCCUGUUCAGGAGACAAAUCCAGCACCAGCACCAGCACCAGAGUAGACAGCUGCUACAUCAACAGCGUCAUUGGUGUGUGGUGACAGACAUUGCUGAAUUGUACAUCAGCAAGAUUGUAAAGGCAGCCCAAUGUGGAACCACCACUGACUUAAUCUUGUUGCCGUGUAGUCACCUGAAUGUGCACCUCUGUUUGAUGAAUCUGUUUCCUCAGUUGGAGAGAGCACAGAGUUUAGUCAACUGCACAGCAACCAUACUAAAACCAGGGCCAGGGAAACAGAAAACAGAUACAGUUUUGUUUACUUGAUCUGGUGUUUUGGUGUGUUUUAUCCACGGGCAGGAAUCACGAUCGCAUAGAACUCGAUUUCCUAGAUUCAAUGUAAUGAUAAAAGACCAAGUAAAACUUGGUAGCACAAUGAAGACAAUGUUUCAACUUUUGAAGUUUAGAUAUAUAUUUGGGUUUUGUAAUUUAAAAGGGAUAGUUGUAUUUCUUCUUUGCUGUUUUGUUACAAUAAGCUAUUUUUGUGGUGAUUGAUUGUCUAUCAGCUUUGCUGAGCAGCAGAUACCUCCUUUCAUUUUCUAUGAAAAAGGACAAACUGCUUGUACAAAGCAUUACAGGAUCGCUGUCAAUGUAUGUAUAUCUGGCAGAAUAUGCAUACGCAAAGUGCUAAUUUUACAGUAUUUUCCAUUUUGCUCACAAUUCAUUAUUUAAUUUAUUAUAUCAGAAACACUACAAUGGUGACCUUUUUAGAAAUCAGAUAUCAUGAAUGUCCAGCUUUUGGUUUAAUGGAGGAUAGAUCUUUCUCUGAACACAAAUCAUCAUCAUAUAUGUAUCUAUGUGUUAUUAUGAUAUCAUACUGAAACUCGCACCCUGGUGAAUACAAGGAAGAUACAGCAUAGACACGGCCUGAAAAGAGUUUUUUUUUUCUUUCUUUUUUCAUGUAUCAGUCAUGUGUGAGUAAGAGUGCUGGCAGUUUAUAGCAACACAAUGCAUGUCAGUGUUACUAAUUUUCUGUUGAUUGAUAUGAAAACAAGCUGAACCCAGGUUAUAGCCAGUUCACAGCAACUUUAACAUUUGACCUUUCAGUCUUCGUGUCCGCUCUGACAGUCAGUAGGUGACGAGAGAUUCUGUAGUUUCCAAAAAAGUAGGUUUUUAGCUCAAAGAAAAUGAUUAAUCACUGCAUGGGAACCAUGUUUCAAUUUGAUCCACCACUUUCACUCUGUUUACUGCAAACCCAAGAUAGUGACAGUUGGACUGUUAAAUCACGUCUCCGUCAAGAGAAGCAGCAGCUUGAAAGAAGUAGACAUCUUUAAGAAGCGGUGGAUAGGAUAAUGAAAAACAUCUGCAAACGAUGAGGUCCAUAAUGCCAGACAGUCCAAUAAUGCCAAUAAGAAAUUAAAUAAUUUAAUUUACACUGCUUUCAUUUUUAAUCUGAGACAUCUGUGAGAAUUUUAUGUUCAUUUUGCCAUAUUUGUUUAAGAUAAAAAAUGGACCCUGUUUCUAUGAAAAAAAAUCUUUAAAUUCUCUUUGCAAUACAAAAUAAAUUUG